CUGACACCACGUCUCUGCAAUGGCGGAGGAUUUGACAACGAUGAGUUCUGCUCGUUGAAGAAACUGUGGUAAAACCAUACGAUUAAGAAGAAAUUCCUUCAAAAAUGGAUGAUAAUAGAAAUGCUACAACUAAGAAAUUGUGUAAAAGUACAGCAUGGGUGACACCAUCCUUUGGUGAUUUUGGUGCAACUGAAUCAGUGUCUGUAUCAAACAAACCAUGUAGAACACAAAGCAAAUUGACAGUCAAGAAGACUCAGUCGUUCAUCACAAAGUUUCAAGCGACAUGUCAAGAGGAUUCAUCAAAACUGCAGUCUAGCACUGGAUUGACAUCUGCAGAAGGAUUGGGUCCGAUAGAAAAAAACCAAGAGUAAUGUUUCCUGCUCACAAGCUGCCAACCCGAGUAAAGACAGAAGCACAAAGGCGCAAACUAAAAUCUGCUCUGAAUUCUGAGCUCUGGUCAGAAAAGUAUCAACCAAAGAAUAAGGAGGAACUAGCUGUGCACAAAAAGAAAGCUGAAGAGAUAUUAAUAUGGCUAAAAAACAACAUAACAAAUGUUGCAAAGCACUCAGCUCCAAUACUGCUGUUGACUGGGCCUUCUGGCAUUGGUAAAACAGCAGCAGUGAAGACCCUGGCAUCUGCUGGGCUAGAUUUACAAGAGUGGGUGAAUCCUGAGGUUGCUAGCAGUGAUGCAGAGUUUCAGCCUUUGAAUCGUGCAGAUAUUUCAUUCCCAGUCCACUAUGUUCAGCAACUUUUUGCUACGUGCCAACAAAUACUGUGCCUUGCAGCUCGGCACAACUUUUGCAAUAGAUACACCAGCACAAAACAGAAUAAUCUUGGUGGAGGAAUACCUUAUGCAUUUUAUAAAGAUCAGUCAUCUCUUCAUGAAAUACUCAGGAAAUACCACUUCUGUGGACGCUGUCCCUUAGUUUUUGUGCUGAGUGAUACAUCUAGCAGUGGUUCUAGCAUUCUUCGUCUCUUUCCAAAGCAUAUAAUGGAGGAGCUUAAAAUUGAAACCAUCAGCAUGAAUCCAGUUGCUCCUACCAUGAUGGUUAAAGUGUUGAACAGAAUAAUCAGCCAGGAAGCUAAGAUGGGUAGCUCUUCAGUCCCAUCUGCUCAAGUGGUGGAGUCAAUUGCAAUGUCAAGUGGUGGAGAUGUCAGGGCGGCAGUUAACGCCUUGCAGUUUGCUUGUAGAUGUGAUACUGCAGACCUCAGUAAAAUUAAAUCCCUGCAGAAAGCAUUAAAGAAGGAACCAUCUGGAUCAAAGAAGCGUCUUAAGUAUGGAGGUUUAUCUCAACGAGACAGUGAAAGCAAUGAACAAUCAGGUCAAACUGUGAUUAUUGGUGCCAAGGAUACCACCUGUUUCCUUUUCCAUGCAUUGGGAAAAAUUUUUUAUUUUAAACGUGCUGACCCACAUGAUGCUGCAAAUCAUCCUAGUCUACCAGCACAUAUAAAGCAGCAUGAAAGAGAUCCCUUGAUGCUUAUUCCAGAGGAAGUGGUUGAAAAGACUCAAGUCUCAGGGGACUACUUCAACACAUUUUUGCACCAGAACUAUCUAGAGUUCUUGUCAACAGUGGAAGAUGUGGAGAGAUUUUUGGAAUAUCUGAGUGAUGCUGAUACCUUGUCAUCACAGUACACAACUCGAGGUGACCUCUUAGACUACUCUGUGUCAGUGGCAACAAGAGGCUUCAUUCACUCAGACUCUGCUUGUUGUCACCAUGGUGAUAGCAGAAAAGGGUAUGGUUGGCGCCCUCUACACAAAUCUCAGUGGUUUUCUGUACAAAAGCAGUCAGAUCUGAGUAGAAGCACAGCUGUCACAUUAUUUCAAGGCUAUCACUGGGAUCCUGAAAUCCUGCUGACUGAGCUUGUGCCAUUCAUUGGCUUGAUCAACCCAACACUACAUGAUCCAGGUCAAAUUUCUUUCGUUCAAGACCUUUGCCACUUCUCCAAACCAAACCUUGUUUUCAGAUCAGGACUAGAAAGGCUCGAUGAGAAAGAAAUUUUGGAAGGGGAAGAAGAAUGCAGUGAGGUGAGAGUGCCAGACAUUGAGCAGAAAAACGAAGCUAACACAGCCUCUGCACUAAGCACGGACACUGAAGCAGAUUCAGGUGACACUCUGCCUGGCAGUCAGACCAAACAUAAAUGCUGUGCCCGUUGAGUCAGAUGAUGAGGGGGAACUCAUUAUUGAGGACUUUGAUGACUGAGACACAAUGAAUCAAAUAUUAAUGGAGAGAGAUGUUAAAUAAAUGUUCGUGCCCAACCUGUUCCAAACAGUGGAGCAUUUGGUGAGAUCACCGUUAACAUCAUUAAGCUAUGUGUUCAUUUCUGAAAUCAUCAGUUUUCAAUGGACUUGAGCUUCUUUUUUUUCCAUUUUGAGUCAGUAUUUUAUGUGUUUUAAGAACAAAAUAAUGUGACAUUGCUGUUUUAAUUUUGAGAUGGAACAUUUAGAACGCCAUGAAUUUCAAUGACUGGACGGUUGUACAAGUGCCUUAAAUCAAAUAGUUGCUAUGCAACCUUACUGCAUGCUCUUAAUUGCAGGGUAUGUGGGAACCAGGCUUGCAUUUUGGUUGUACUGUGUAAGAAAAGAAAAAAAAAAAAAAGAAAUCAAAUCAAACUUUAGAUUGCUUUGAACCCACUGCAAUUUGUGUGUAUGUGUGAGGGUUUAAGUGGGUAAGAGUUGUGUAACACCUUGCUGACUGUCAUCAGUGAUGUGUAAACCCUCUAAAAGAAGAUGAAAGGUGGGGGGGGGGAUAAAGGUGAAAGAGAGGGGGUUGCUGUCCGGUCCCGAAAAGAAGAGACCUGCGAAAGCCUUGCGAGCAGCUGACGCGUGACGAGAGCGCCGCGGGUCAGGGCCCUUGGGCUCGCGAGACGGAUAGGGUCACACAAGGACGAGGUGAAAUGCCGCUUGAUUCCCUCCAUCCACGCGCGCACACCCAACGACAGGCCAGCCCAGCACGGGAGGUUUAGUACGAAGACAGCCAAAUAAUCGCCGACACGCGACAGUCGUGGCUAUUUAGUAUACAGAUACCUCCUGUUGAUGCUAGCACAUGUACCAAAAACCUAAUAAACCCAAAUGAAUUUUUGCCAGCCAAAACCUUUUUCAUUUUCUCAUCAUUUGAAAAACACGAAAGGACAAUGUUAGACACUUGUAGGCUUGAACUGUACACAAAGGUACACAUCAAUGUCGACGAUUUUUUUUUAAUUGUAUGAGCCGACAUGGUCGAAGAAAGCUGCAUGAAUUGUAAAUUUCUCCCUCCUUCUUCUUUCCCCCCAAAAAAGUUUUGCUGGCUGCAAGGCGACAUGUCUGAGUGAUAUAGCAGUGCUGCUUUUCCCGCCAUCCACAGAACCGAUUUCUGUUUGUCGAAAGGUGACAGGUUCUAACAGUCACUGCCUACAGCCUCGAGAAUGGGAGAAGCACCACUGCCGCUGGACGGCGGCUCUCGUAUCUUGCACAGCAGCUUCCAGAAACCUCUUCGACACCCUCUCCCAUAAUUUAAUAAAGAUUACUGAUCAAUGCAUUAAGUUUGUGUGGGUUGACUGUGUGUUGAAAAAUGCUUGAUGCUUAUUUAUUAUGAGAUGAUCCUUUUAUUAUUGUGAGAAGAAUGGAAUCUGUGCGUGACCUUUGAGACCUACAACACGAAAGUAGCAAGACACCAGCACAGAAAGGUAGGU